CCCUCAAGCGAUAUUCAAAACGUUGAGUCAAGGUUUUGAGCAUGCGUUCUCCCGCUUUUGCUGUAUUUGUGACUGUGAAUUUGUGUAAUAUAGGCAUGACAUUAUAGGGCCUAGGCCUACAUGAAAUACAGCGUGCGGGUUUUGGUGUUAAAAUUCUGUCGUCUCCUCUAUUCAGCUAUUUUCUGCAUUCACUGACCUUUCAAUACCUCACUAUGGAUACGGACUUGUACGAUGAGUUUGGCAAUUACAUUGGGCCUGAGCUGGACAGUGAUUCAGAAGAUGUGGAGUCAGAGGAGGAAAGACCUGAGCUACGAUUGGAAGUUGACGAGGAUGAUGAUGAAGAGCCCAUGGAGGCAGGUGACAUAUCCCAGGCUGUGGUGCUUCAUGAAGACAAGAAGUACUACCCAACAGCUGAGGAGGUCUAUGGACCUGAUGUUGAGACCAUCAUACAUGAAGAGGAUACUCAGCCUCUCACAGAUCCUAUUAUUGCACCUGUGAAGCAAAAGAAGUUUAAAAUGACUGAACAGGAGCUACCUGUGACAACUUAUGACAUGGAAUUUCUUGCUGAUAUGAUGGACAAUGCGGAACUGAUUAGAAACGUCACAUUUGCUGGACAUCUACAUAAUGGAAAGACAACAUUUGUGGAUUGCUUGAUGGAACAGACUCACCCAGACCUCAGAGUCAAGAAGGAUGGUGGUAUCAGGUAUACAGAUACGCUCUUCACUGAACAAGAGAGAGGUGUCAGCAUCAAGGCUCAGCCAGUCACAUUAGUUAUGCCAGACAGUAAGGGGAAACACUUCCUGAUGAACAUCAUGGACACCCCUGGGCACGUCAAUUUCUCUGAUGAAGUGACGGCAGCGUUCCGCCUGAGUGAUGGUGCUGUGAUAUUUGUAGAUGCAGCUGAGGGUAUCAUGUUGAAUACUGAGCGUCUCAUUAAGCAUGCUAUACAAGAGCAGGUGGCAGUCACCAUAUGUAUCAAUAAGCUUGACAGGCUCGUGCUAGAGCUGAAACUACCACCUGCAGAUGCCUAUUACAAAUUGCGAAACAUCAUUACAGAGAUCAAUGGGCUAAUGAGUGUGUACUCUGAUGAGGCAGAGCCAAUGAUGGUGUCACCAUUGCUGGGCAACAUCUGUUUUGCCAGUUCACAGUAUAGCAUGUGCUUCACUCUUGCAUCCUUUGCCAAGAUCUAUGCUGAUUGCUACGGAGGCAUUGACCAUCGGGAGUUUGCCAAGCGACUCUGGGGUGAUAUCUACUUCAAUCCUAAGACCCGGAAAUUUACCAAGAAAUCUCCAGUCAGUACAGCCCAGCGUAGCUUUGUGGAGUUUAUUUUGGAACCCAUGUACAAACUCUUUGCUCAGGUUGUUGGAGAUGUGGACAGUACAUUGCCAGGGGUACUGGAUGAGCUUGGAAUUCAUCUUACCAAGGACGAGAUGAAGAUGAAUAUCAAACCACUACUCAAACUUGUCUGCAAGAAAUUCUUUGGUGAUUUUACAGGAUUUGUCGAUAUGUGUGUUGAACAUGUCCCAUCCCCUGUAGCUGCUGCUAAGAUGAAAAUAGAACACUUGUACACUGGGCCCAUGGACUCGGACCUGGUCGACACCAUGAUGGAAUGUGACCCUGAGGGUCCUUUGAUGCUGCACACAACCAAGAUGUACAGCACAGAAGAUGGGGUAAGCUUCCAUGCCUUUGGUCGGGUCAUGAGUGGUACCAUCCAUGCUAAUCAAGAGGUUAGGGUUCUUGGAGAGAACUACACUUUGGAAGAUGAAGAAGACUCCAGAAUCAGCCUGGUUGGUAGGCUAUGGAUUUCAGAAGCUAGAUACAAAAUUGAGGUGAACCGAGUGCCAGCGGGCAAUUGGGUCCUGAUAGAGGGAGUGGAUGAACCAAUCGUUAAGACCUCCACAAUUACAGAAAGCAGAGGGCUGGAUGAGGUUUACAUCUUUCGCCCUCUGAAAUUCAACACCAGCUCAGUCAUCAAGAUUGCUGUGGAGCCUGUCAACCCUUCCGAGCUGCCCAAAAUGCUUGAUGGACUGCGAAAGAUAAACAAGAGUUACCCACUGAUCACAACUAAGGUUGAGGAAUCAGGUGAACAUGUUGUGCUUGGCACCGGUGAGCUGUAUUUGGAUUGUGUUAUGCAUGACCUCAGGAAGAUGUAUUCUGAAAUAGAUAUCAAAGUUGCUGAUCCUGUGGUGGCCUUCUGUGAGACCGUGGUUGAGACUUCAUCACUGAAGUGUUUUGCUGAAACACCCAACAAAAAGAAUAAGCUGACCAUGAUCGCUGAGCCUCUUGAGAAAGGACUGGCUGAAGACAUCGAGAGUGAAGUUGUUCAGAUAAAUUGGAACAGGAAGAGAUUGGGAGAGUUUUUCCAGACCAAGUAUGACUGGGAUUUACUGGCUGCUCGUUCCAUUUGGGCUUUUGGACCUGAUACUACAGGUCCUAACAUCCUAGUUGAUGAUACCCUUCCAUCUGAGGUUGACAAGGCAUUGCUUAAUUCUGUAAAGGACAGCAUUGUACAAGGAUUUCAGUGGGGAACACGAGAAGGACCACUGUGUGAUGAACCCAUUCGGAAUGUAAAGUUCAAGAUCCUUGAUGCAGUCAUAGCUGGGGAGCCAAUCCAUAGAGGAGGUGGCCAGAUUAUUCCCACAGCCAGACGUGUAGCUUACUCUGCCUUCCUCAUGGCCACUCCCCGUUUAAUGGAGCCAUACUACUUUGUGGAAGUGCAAGCCCCAGCUGACUGCGUGUCUGCUGUCUACACUGUGCUGGCCAGAAGAAGAGGUCACGUUACCCAAGAUGCACCUGUGCCAGGAUCACCGCUAUACACCAUCAAAGCCUUCAUUCCAGCAAUUGAUUCUUUUGGGUUUGAAACCGACCUAAGAACACACACCCAGGGGCAGGCAUUCUGUCUGUCUGUGUUUCAUCACUGGCAGAUUGUUCCUGGUGAUCCCUUAGAUAAGAGUAUUGUGAUACGCCCUCUUGAGCCACAACCUGCUAUGCAUCUCGCUCGAGAGUUCAUGAUCAAGACCAGAAGGAGAAAGGGUCUGAGUGAGGACGUUAGUAUCAACAAGUUCUUCGAUGAUCCUAUGUUGCUGGAGUUGGCCCGACAGGAUGUGAUGCUGAACUACCAGAUGUGAAUAGUACCCAUAGCUUGGUACACGUCAGUACUUAAUACUUGGAUAAAAGUACUCAACUACAACACUGCAUAUUGGACCAUGGACUCUGUUAUUUAACAAUAGAGGGCGCUUUUUGUGACUACUUGUGAGAAUUCCAGUGGGAGGGACACACACUGCACGCAUGCACUGGUUUACGGAUGAUCAGUUAUAUUUUCGGUGUAUUCAAGUUCCUCCCAGUGGUCUUCUCCGACUCUUUCUUUGUAACGAAGUGAGAGGGUACUUGUGCAAAGAGUCCAUAAGGCCC